CACGCGACGCCUCGCUGUGUAGGAAUAAUAAAAAUGUGACGGAGGUUGUGCAAUUUAUGAGCGAAGAGGACGCUUUAUGAACUCCAAAGUUCGUUUUUAAUCAUUUUAUUUGCAUUUAGCUCACGUCGAAGUGGAAGAAAACAUUUUAAUGUAAAAUGCCUCGCCACGGCCGGAAAAAUGGGAUCCCAGACAGGUGGCUGGAUUACCAAGCGGUGGGCAAGCGACUCCACGGGACUCGUUUUGUGGCCUUCAAGGUUCCCCUCAAUCAGUCUCUCAACCGACAGCUGACGCCCUCUCAGACGUUCGGACCGUGGGAACUGCUGAACGCCGUCCGCCGAGACGGCCAAGAACUGGGUCUCGUCGUGGACCUGACCUUCACCACGCGUUACUACCGGCCGCAGGACCUUCCGGUGUCGCUAGGCUACGUCAAGGUCUUGACCAAGGGUCACGUGGUCCCCGCCGACGACGCCAUCUUCGCCUUCAAGCGAGCCGUACGCCGAUUCCUGCGUGACAACGCCGACAACGACAAGCUGAUCGGCGUCCACUGCACGCACGGACUCAACCGGACGGGCUACAUGAUCUGCAGGUACCUGAUCGAUGUGGAUGGGACGGAUCCCACGGAGGCCAUCAAAUUGUUCAACUCGUGUCGCGGUCACGACAUCGAGAGAAGCAACUACAUCGACGACCUUCGCAGCGGACCCAGAAGAAGCAACGAGGGCAUGGACAACGAGUGUCUGCCGCCGUCGGCGCGAGGACGAGCCCACCCGAGACGCGGCGACGGUCGCCUGCCUGAAGACGGGCGUUGGAACGGCGCCUACGGAUCUUUCCCGCCAGGAGCCGAAAGUCGACGCCCACCUGAGUGGCCCCAAUAUGAAGGCCCCCAACAUUACUGGCCCCCGCAUACCCAACCCCCCCACUAUGAGCACCAACCCCCUCAUAACCGCCCCCAGUAUGAGCGCCCUCAGCGUUGCCAGCCCCCACUUUUGGGCAGCCUUCUUCUCUCACCGCCCACACAGCCCCCUGCCCACCUCUACGGACAGGCGUCGUCCCGUGCCGCCAGCCGGCUGGUUCGGCCCAGAAACGUUCGACAGCGGCCGCCCGCCCUCACUCGCUACUCCCCCCGUUGGGGCAAUCCGCAAAGUGGUGAGGAUGAGGGGUGGGGCUGAAAUUUCAUGUGGCAUUUUUUAGUCUUCGUAGGAUGGACGACGUUUUAUUGAACGAGCUUCUUAUUUAGCACCUCCUGGCUGGCUCGCCUUAUUGAGCAAAGAGAAAAUGAGGAGGCUGGCAUACCUCUGCCAAGGCUAACCCGUUAACAGUUUGCUUGCGAGCUAACUCUUUCAAGUUAUUAAAGCUUGAUUGUGUCAUGAAAUGUGUGUCCCCCCCCCAGGGCUGUCCGAAUGAACGUUAAUAACGCAGGGCCAUGGAAGAAACUGGAACGUGCUGACUUCAAUUGUAUUCUAUAUUCGUUGAAUGUAUUUAUAGAAAGCAUUCAACUGUAUUGUUUCAACUAGCUGCCACUUGGUAUUCGUUCUUAUCACAAUAAAUAUCAAAUAAACACAUUUAGAAGCAGUUCAUAAGUAUAUAAACGUAUCACUAUUCUAUCGACAUUGACAAAAACCAUGUCUCGUGCGCAUAACGUUUUGAGAUUUUCAAAACGUGCUGACAUUUCGAGCACCAACUGCUCCCUCAUAUUAGCCGUCACUCGUCGGGAAUCCUAAAUUCUCAUCAGUCCAAAGCCCCCUCCCUCUUCACUCGUCCGUGCAGUAAAUAAGAACGUCUCCCGUCCUCGCUCUUAUUUUAACAUCAGGAAGACUGCGAGGGUGGCCGGGUGUGGACCGCGGGCCGUACUUUGCCAACAUCUGCUCCGUAUCACAUAUUUCCUUUGACUUGGCAUUUAUUUUUACUGUUAUUUGACCUGCAUUCGUUUAUUGAUAUUUAUUCGGGAUGUCCCGAUCAGAUCACGUGAUUGUCAGCUGAUCGAUAUCGGGUGAAAAAAAUCGGUUGUUUUCUUGUUCUCUUCUUUCAAAGUGACAAAAUAAUCCAA